GGCAUCAGGUCAUUUGGCUCGACAGCGGGCACCGCGUCAUCUGGCAAGGCAGUGGGCUCCGAGUCAACAGGCACGACAGUGAGCAACGGGGCAUCAGGUACCGGAUUGUCUGGCUCGACAGCGGGCAUCGGGUCACCAGGUAUGACAGCGGGCACUGGGUCACCAGGCAUCAGGUCAUUUGGCUUGUCAGCGGGCACCGCGUCAUCUGGCAAGGCAGUGGGCACCGGGUCACCAGGCAUUGGAUUGUCUGGCUCGACAGCGGGCAUCGGGUCACCAGGCAUCAGGUCAUUUGGCUUGCCAGCGGGCACCGCGUCAUCUGGCAAGGCAGUGGGCACCGGGUCACCAGAUAUGACAGCGGGCUCUGAGUCAAUUGGCACGACAGCGGGCACUGGAUCAGGUACCGGGAUCAUCUGGAUCAACAGCGGGCAUCGAGUCAACUGG